CGGCUCCUCGGCUCCUCGGCUCCUCGGCUCCUCGGCCCUUCGGCCCUUCGGCUCGCGGGCGCUCCCGGUGGCUGCGCCCUCCCGGGCAUUGCGCAGCGCGCUGACCGGUAGUUCUCGUGGGUUUAAUUUCACGUCUUUUUUUUUUUUUUUUUUUGACACUUCCGGGUCCUGCGUCGCUCCGGAAGCCCGCGAGUUCCGGAAGUCUGGGUAGUCCGGGUUCUGCUGGGAGAAGCCGAGCUUCCCAGAUAACAAUGUUUCAGGAAGAGUUGCGUGCCGCGGGGGCGUGUCGCCGACUGCUCAGAAACCUUCAGGGAAGGCAUGGCUUCCAGAGAAGAGAGUACGAAGAGGACAAACAGGGUGCUAAGGAUAAGUCAGCUGGAUGCGCUUGAACUCAACAAGGCCCUGGAGCAUCUGGUUUGGUCCCAGUUCUCUCAGUGUUUCCAUGGAUUUAAGCCCGGCCUGUUGGCCCGCUUCGAACCAGAGGUGAAAGCACUCCUGUGGCUUUUCUUGUGGAGAUUCACCAUCUACUCUAAAAACGCCACCGUGGGACAGUCAGUUUUGAAUAUUCAGUACAAAAACGAUUUUUCCCCGAACCCGAGAUACCAGCCGCCAAGUCAGAAUCAAAAACUCUGGUAUGCUGUCUGUACAAUCGGUGGGAACUGGCUAGAAGAACGAUGCUACGACUUGUUUCGACACCCUCAUUUAGCAUCGUUCAGGAAAGCCAAGCAGUGUGUGAAUUUUGUGGUUGGACUUUUGAAAUUAGGUGGGUUGAUUAAUUUCUUGAUCUUCCUUCAAAGGGGCAAGUUCGCAACUUUGACAGAACGUCUGCUAGGCAUUCGUUCUGUAUUUUGCAAACCCCAAAACAUACGUGAGGUUGGCUUUGAGUAUAUGAACAGGGAGCUUCUCUGGCAUGGUUUUGCUGAGUUUCUGAUUUUUCUCUUACCACUUAUCAACAUCCAGAAGUUGAAAGCCAAGUUAUCUGCAUGGUGUAUCCCUCUCACGGGCGCUCCUAAUAGUGACAGUACGUUAGCCACCAGCGGCAAACAGUGUGCUCUGUGCGGAGAGUGGCCCACCAUGCCUCACACCAUAGGAUGCGAGCACAUCUUCUGUUAUUACUGUGUUAAGAGUAGUUUCUUAUUUGACAUGUACUUUACGUGUCCCAGGUGUGGCACAGAGGUACACAGUCUGCAGCCACUCAAGUCGGGAAUUGAGAUGUCAGAAGUGAAUGCUCUUUAGAAAUUAAACUUGUUUCCUCUGAGGAAAACUGGAUUAAGUUUAUUAGUCAUCCUAAGUAUACCAUUUAGGUGUCUCUUAUGAGGGCGUGUGCUUCUUAGCCGCUGGCUUUCUGUUCCUUUCCCAGCAUGACUAAAUUCUAAUCACUGGAAACCACAGGCUUCUAAAAAUACUAUGUAAACAAUAAGGUUGUAUUUUUUUUAAAUAUCAUUGCAUUCACUUUGGAAUGUCAAGAAUAAUGGACAGUUUUUGUCAAAUGGCUACCAAGAAUGCUCCUUCAUUUUGCUACUUCCUGGAAAGAGGUUAGACUCUAAAAAUAAAAGAUUUUGGAGACUCU